CUCCGUCUGACGUCACACCGCGAACAUGGCGGACUACCGAGAGGCGCCCUUGGCCACUCGGCCUAAAACAUUGGACCCGAAUGAAUAUUUCAAUCUUUCUGCGGAGAAAAGGCGCACCGAGGAGGAGAGGGCCGCUCUACGGGCCAGCCUGAAGCGACAGUACCAGCUGCAGCUCAACAACCCGCACAGAAAAGAGCUCAUUGAAGACCCUGCUAUGAACCGCUGGGUGUAUGCACGUGCGAACCCCUAUCCUCAUUUCAGACCCACAUUCAAGACAUCGCUGAUGGGGCUACUCAGUGGAGUUGUACCCCUCUUUGUCUUGUACUAUGCUUUCAAGACAGACAGGGAUAAUAGGGAAGAGAAGAUUAAGAACGGGACUCUCGAGCGCAAGUUCUGUUUGUCAUCUUGAACUCUAGUCUAUGCAGCUGGCUUUUACGUUAUAGUGACAAUGUCUCUAUGUGUAAUUAUUAAUGAACAAAUAAAACAGCCCUUGAUGGAAAAAA